AGCAGCCUGUUCUUUGCUCUAUCUGCCUGCAUCUCUCUUAGACAGCGGAGCUGCCUCUGCCUGUGAUUUGCCCACACCCCCUAAAAAGAAGCUUUUGCAUCAGAAACUACUAAUUGACAAAAGAUGUCCUACAAAGUAACCAAAACCUACAGCUCAAGUGCGUCCUCCGCUGGACCCAGGGGAUUCAGCAGCUUCUCCUACUCGGGUCCCAGCGUGGCCAGGAAGAGUUACAGUGUCAGGAGCUCCUAUGGUGGCUCCAACAGGGGCAUGGGGGCCGGUUUUGGGGCUGGCGGCGGCGGCGGCGGAGGAAGCUACAUCUCCAGCUCCAUGGCUUACGGAGGUGGCAUGGGCCUGGGUUCGAGCAUGGGCAUGGGCUCCAGCAUGGGCAUGGGCAUGGGCUACGGUGUAGGUGGAGGCGCAGGUGCCGUAGCCCCCAUCACCGCCGUCUCGGUCAACAAGAGCCUGCUGGCCCCCCUGAACCUGGAGAUCGACCCCAACAUCCAGGUGGUCCGCACCCAGGAGAAGGAUCAGAUCAAGACCCUCAACAACCGCUUCGCCUCCUUCAUCGACAAGGUGCGCUUCCUGGAGCAGCAGAACAAGAUGCUGGAGACCAAGUGGAGCCUCCUGCAAGGCCAGACCACCACCCGCUCCAACAUCGACGCCAUGUUCGAGGCCUACAUCGCCAACCUGCGCCGCCAGCUGGACAGCCUGGGCCAAGACAAGAUGAGACUGCAGGCUGACCUCCAGAACAUGCAGGGGCUGGUGGAGGACUUCAAGAACAAGUACGAGGACGAAAUCAACAAGCGCACAGAGUGUGAGAACGACUUUGUUCUGCUCAAGAAGGAUGUGGACGAGGCCUACAUGAACAAGGUGGAGCUGGAAGCCAAGCUGGAGAGCCUGAGUGACGAGAUCAACUUCCUCCGCCAGCUGUACGACGAGGAGCUGCGCGAGCUGCAGGCCCAGAUCCAGGACACCUCCGUGGUGGUGGAGAUGGACAACAGCCGAAACCUGGACAUGGACUCCAUCGUGGCUGAAGUGCGCGCCCAGUAUGAGGACAUCGCCAACCGCAGCCGCGCUGAGGCCGAGAGCUGGUACAAGACCAAGUAUGAAGAGAUGCAAGCAUCCGCCGGCAAGUAUGGAGACGACCUGAGGAACACGAAGACUGAGAUCGCUGACCUGAACCGCAUGAUCCAGAGACUGCAGGCCGAAAUCGAAGCCGUGAAAGGCCAGCGCGCCAACCUGGAGGCUCAGAUCAGGGAGGCCGAGGAGCGCGGGGAGCUGGCGGUGAAGGACGCCAAGGCCAAGAUCAAGGAACUGGAAGAAGCCCUGCAGAGAGCCAAGCAGGAGAUGGCCCGCCAGGUCCGCGAGUACCAGGACCUCAUGAACGUCAAGCUGGCCCUGGACAUCGAGAUCGCCACCUACAGGAAACUGCUGGAAGGAGAAGAGAGCAGGUUGGCAUCUGGAAUCCAAGCCAUCAACAUCACCAAACAGAGCUACUCCCCGAGCUACAGCUCCUUCAGCUCCUUCCCCCUGGAGAGCGCGGGCAGCAGCUACAGCAGCAGUUACGGCAGCGGCUAUGGCAGCGGCUACGGCAGCGGCUACGGCGGCGGCUACAGCGGCGGCUACAGCAGCGGCAGUGGGCGGGGCUUCAGCACCUCCCAGAGCAAGAAGAACGUGGUGAUCAAGAUGAUCGAGACCACCAACGGCACGGUGGUGUCCGAGUCCUCCGAAAUCCUCAAGGAGUAGAUGUCCCGGUUCCCUAGACCCGGCCUGUGGCCGCCCCCCACUCCCCUCCUCCCUCUCCCUCUCCUUCUCCCUCUCCUGGGCUCUCCUCCCACAGCCAGGCUACCGAUUCCACAGGGAGGUCCACCUGCACCCCUCCCACAACCACUGAAUUCACACUGAUGGUCUGGCUGGGGGAGGGCCUUGGCUAUGCAGUCCCUGCUCAUGUAGAAUCCAGGCACCCACAGACAUUACUCCCAGGAGACCCCAGAAAAAGUGCCCUGUCGUAGGAAGUGAAGGAAGCCAAACGAUAAUGGUGCUCUGGGCUAAACGUUUUUCAUUCACUCCCGCCUCAACACCCCAGCAUCCCUCAUAGACAAAGGGAAUAAAAUAUGAAAUUGCUGAUCUAGGCUGUUUGGUUUUCGUAUGCCGGAAUCUUCACUGCAGUUGUUAACCUCUCUUCUACAGCAAUAAUCAACUGCUAGGAAGACCAAGUAUGUCUCAUCAUAAGUGUACUUUUCUUCUUCGUCCUAUGCUGAAAUCUUGUCUUCUGUUUACGACCGUAGAGAGCAAUAAAGCUAACCUACCAGCUGCCCACCUGAAGAAACGGGUCGGGGCUUUUCAUUGGCUCAGAUGAAAGACAGAUCUGGCCAAUCACCACAGUCUUUAAAAAUCAGUUCUGCCACUGUGAGGUACCAGCUGUGAACGAUUUCGAUCUCGGAAACAAGUGUGUUCUUACUUUUGCAUCGCAGUGUUUUGGCUUUUUUCUUUGUUUUUUUUUUUUCAUGAUGCACAGCUUUGUGUGCAUCGAGUCAGUUUUCGUACAAGUUGUGCUUUGACCUUUUGGCUUUUCUUACCACCAAUAAAGGUCAUCACUGUUGAAACAAAA